CUCUUUUGUUUGGGGGUUUUCUGUUUUCACCCCCACCCCACCCUACACACACCCCAACCUCACCCCACCCCGCCCCAACCCCCGCGCCUCUCGGAUUUCCUGAGCUGCGGGCUGCAAAGGGAGGAGAGCGGCUUCUUGCAACCCCCUCGGCUGGGCCCCGGGGUAAUUCGAUGCGGGCCUGGCGAGGCUCCCCACGUUAGACCUGGGCUCGCGUCUCGACAGCCUCCACCCACCGGCCCACCCUACAUUUAGCGCAUCAUGUGAUCUGGCGUGAAAAGAAUACAAUACCAACACCACCUUAUCCUCAGCAUGAACUAAGAACUAGAAGUCUUCGUGCACUUGGAUCCCUAUCAAGAGUCCAUACUUCUCAUUGGUUUCAUACUCCUCAUGUCUGUGGGAAGUCAUCGAUGUAAAUAAGUCCAGAAUCUCCACACCCUUGAGAACAGAAUGCUAAUGCUUGAUGGGAUGCCGGCCGUCAGAGUCAAAACAGAGCUGUUGGAAUCUGAACAAGGGUCUCCAAACGUCCACAACUACCCCGAUAUGGAAGCUGUUCCCCUGUUGCUAAAUAAUGUGAAAGGGGAGCCCCCAGAGGACUCAUUGCCUGUAGAUCACUUCCAGACACAAACUGAGCCAGUGGACUUGUCAAUCAACAAAGCCAGGACCUCCCCUACUGCCGUCUCAUCCUCCCCAGUCUCCAUGACAGCGUCUGCCUCCUCACCUUCUUCAACUUCAACCUCCUCCUCAUCUUCUAGCCGUCCAGCCUCAUCCCCCACCGUUAUAACAUCAGUAUCUUCAGCAUCGUCUUCGUCAACAGUGUUAUCUCCAGGACCCCUCGUUGCCUCUGCCUCUGGCGUGGGCGGCCAACAGUUUUUACACAUCAUCCAUCCUGUCCCACCUUCCAGUCCCAUGAACUUACAGUCUAACAAACUCAGUCAUGUCCAUCGCAUCCCUGUGGUGGUACAGUCGGUGCCGGUUGUCUACACAGCCGUACGGUCACCUGGAAAUGUGAACAACACUAUCGUUGUGCCGCUCCUGGAGGAUGGGAGAAGCCAUGGCAAAGCACAAAUGGACCCCCGAGGCCUAUCUCCCAGACAAAGUAAAAGUGACAGUGAUGAUGAUGACCUGCCAAAUGUGACCUUAGAUAGCGUUAAUGAAACUGGAUCCACGGCCCUUUCCAUAGCCAGAGCAGUUCAAGAGGUCCAUCCAUCCCCAGUUUCCAGGGUCCGGGGAAACCGAAUGAAUAACCAGAAGUUUGCUUGUUCAAUCUCACCAUUUAGUAUUGAGAGCACAAGACGCCAGAGACGAUCAGAAUCCCCGGACUCCAGGAAACGGCGCAUUCACAGAUGUGACUUUGAAGGAUGCAACAAAGUAUACACAAAAAGUUCUCACCUGAAGGCACACCGGAGAACACACACAGGAGAGAAGCCCUACAAAUGCACGUGGGAAGGCUGCACCUGGAAGUUUGCCCGCUCGGAUGAACUGACCAGGCAUUACCGCAAACACACGGGAGUGAAGCCAUUCAAGUGCGCGGACUGUGAUCGCAGCUUCUCGAGGUCAGACCACCUGGCCCUGCACCGGAGGAGGCACAUGCUGGUGUGAGGAAGGCUCCCGUCGUCCAGCUGGGCAUAAGAGCUGGGUCUCUUAAGGAGCGACUAACUCAGCAGGGCUGAGCCCCCUCUACAGUGUUAACGUCAACAGCACCGCCGUCCCACGGUGCCUGAAACCAGAGCAGGAACAAGAAGGAACCUUUCUCCUUUCAGCCUGAAGGUAACCCCCCAUCAUGAUCACCCCGCGGGAGAGCUGCUGCAAGCACACUGGCCUGGGGGUUCAGCGCCUCAGGUCCUGAAGAGACAGGCAUCGUUUUUUCCAUGCUCUGUCCUCUGCCUUUGGAAAGAUGUUUGUAGCUUGUACAUUUCCCGAGCUGGCCGGAUACUCAGCUAUCAGUCCCUUAAAGGUCAUCUACCGCAAAUCUAUGUUAGAGAAGACCUCAGUUCGGAUGAUUCUUCCAUGGCACCUCCCCCACCUCCAAACCCUUUAGACGAGAUUUCAGUUCCAAUCUCAGUAAGCCAGAACACACAUCCAGUCUGUUACCAGCAAGCAGCAUGAACUAGAAAGGAAGGGGCUGUUGGGGAAGCUCUGUUACCCCAAAAGAAGGCACACAGAAGUAGCUCUCUAUGCUAGUCAUGGCGGACCUAGAUAGCGCUCACACUUUGUCUUCAUGCCAUCUCCCGGAAGAGAACCAAGAGUCUGUUCAUUUGUUUGUCUUUGCUUGUUUUUGUUCUGUUUCGAUCAUGUUUUGUUCAUCCGUUCCAGCAGAGGGGCAGAGCAGUUUCUCAAAGGCUAGUCCUGCUCUGCCCUGGCAUGGACGGGCAGAGGCGUUCUGUAGUUGAAUAGGAAGAGCCUGUCUAAAAAAAAAAA